AUGCUAUUGUCGCCAGUUUACUGGGCGGCAAGAAAGCGUGAGGAUCGAAGACCUUUGUACAGACGCAUACUCACGAAUCGGCGCCUUGAUAUCAUUCAUAAAACCUUCAUUCGCUCGAUCCUUGGAUUCAUUUUGUUCAGUACUUCGUACUGUAUCGUGAAUACCGGAAUAUACUAUAAGUUUGUGAGACCGCUCCGUCAAGAGGAACGUGAGCUACUAGAACGCGAACUAAUUGAGGCAGAUCGCGCUGGCUUCAAAGUAAAUUUGAAAUGA